AUGCUUGAGAACAGGUCAACCGCAAAGCAGCUCUGGAAGCCCCACAUUGGUGUACUCGAGGUUGGAGUCUUGCGUGCUACAAAUCUCAUCCCCGUUAAGAUUAAGGAAGGCAAGGGAGGCUCCACUGACGCCUAUUAUGUGGCAAAGUAUGGCCAAAAAUGGGUCCGAACUAGGACCGUGGUGGACAGCUUGUCUUCCAAAUGGAAUGAGCAGUACACUUGGAAAGUCUUUGACCCUUGCACCAUCAUCACCAUUGGGGUGUUUGAUAAUGCUUGCGUUGACAAAAACACAGCCGUCGCAGCCGCAACUCGAGAUUCCUGCAUUGGGAAGGUAAGAAUUACGUUGUCCACUCUCGAAUCUAAUAGAGUUUAUACUCAUGCUUAUCCGCUCCUCAUGUUGCAUCCCUCCGGAGUAAAGAAGACGGGAGAGCUUCAUUUGGCUGUUCGGUUUUCUUGUGCUAAUAUGGUCAAUGUGCUACACAUGUAUUCAAUGCCUCUGCUUCCGAAGAUGCAUUACGUGCUGCCAUUGUCCGUAAAUCAAUUGGAUGGUUUGAGAUACCAGGCUAUGAAUGUGGUGGCGUCAAGGCUAGGUCGAGCUGAGCCACCUUUGGGAAGAGAUGUGGUUGAGUACAUGCUUGAUCACGACUCUCAUAUGUGGAGCAUGAGAAAGAGCAAAGCCAACUUCUUUAGGCUCACAAAUAUCUUAGCUUGGUUCGUUGCCGUGAGCAGGUUCUUGGAGUCCCUGCGUAAUUGGCACAAGCCCGUAUACUCGGCAUUGUUCAUGAUUGUCUUCAUGGUAUUCGUCUUGGUGCCUGAGCUCAUAAUGCCUUGUGUAUUGCUGAUCAUGGCUUCCGUCGGACUCUGGCGAUAUAGGUCCAGGCCACGCCACCCGCCUCAUAUGGACACUCGACUGUCCUAUGCUGAUGCUGUGCACCCAGAUGAAUUGGAUGAGGAAUUUGAUUCCUUCCCCUCGAGUCGGAGUGCGGAGAUUGUUAGGAUUAGGUAUGAUAGACUAAGGAGUGUUGCCGGAAGGAUUCAGUCUGUUGUCGGGGAUAUGGCUACUCAAGGCGAGCGUUUUCAAGCACUGCUAAGUUGGCGCGAUCCGAGAGCCACAUUCUUGUUUGUCAUAAUUUGUUUCAUUGCAGCUUGUGGAUUCUAUCUGGUGCCAUUUAAGUGGGUCGUGGCUCUCUGGGGGCUCUAUGUUCUGAGGCCACCCAAGUUUAGGAAUCGGUUACCUUCAAGAGCCGUCAGCUUCUUCAAGAGGUUGCCAACAAAUGCUGAUAGUAUGUUAUAGGGAGUCUGAAUUCUGUGUUCACAGUCGUACUGCUG